AUGUCCUCCCUCCUCGUGGCCGUUCUCUCCUUCGUCACGCUCACCAACGCCCAAAUCUUCACUUUGACGACCUUCAACCCCAACGGCCUCCUCCACAACCAAAAGAUCCAAGCCUCCGGUCAAGCAUUCUAUCUCGGGCUUGAUGCUCCAACCACUUACUGUCCAACGCUCGUUGAUCCCAAUUGCCCAAAUGCCACUGAUACUAUCGUCGCCGGUGCUUUGAGCGCUAUGUGGGUCGAGGUUCCUGGUGGUCAACAAACCUUCGUUCGGUCAGAAGGCUCAAUUGGAUAUACCCAAGCUCACUCUGCGUCUGUUCCUACUGGUGCUUAUCGAGGUAGAUUUGUCAAUGUGACUAUCAGUUCUGAUUGCGAGGCGAAUGCCGAUGUCUUCACAUGGAAGGCCCCCGAUGGAUCAACUGAAGGCGUCUUCGCCUGUCCAGAUGUCCCUUCCUACAUGGAAGAUAUCGCCACCUACCAAAUCUUCGUCAAGACUCCAAAGUUCAAUCUUACGGACUGUAUUGAGUUGGAAGGUUUGAAGACCACGAUCUUGCCUGAACCAGCUCCUUUUGGUGCUUGGCAGUAUGUCUAG